AUGACCGGCGGGGCCGGGGCCGGGGCCGGGGCCGGGAUGGGGCAGCGCGAUCGCAUGUUCAAGGUGCUGGUGGUGGGGGACGCCACGGUGGGCAAGACAUCGCUGGUGCAGCGCUACGCGAACGACAGCUUCAACCGGCACUACAAAUCCACCGUGGGAGUGGAUUUUGCCCUGAAGGUGGUUCAGUGGUCGGAGUUGGAGACAGUGCGGCUGCAGCUCUGGGACAUCGCAGGACAGGAACGUUUCACGUCCAUGACCCGCCUGUACUACAGGGAGGCCUCAGCCUGUGUCAUCAUGUUUGAUGUCACCAACAUCAGCACAUUCAGCAACAGCCAGAAGUGGAAGCAGGAUUUGGACAGCAAGCUCCUGCUGCCAGAUGGGAAUCCCGUGCCUUGCCUGCUGCUGGCCAACAAGUGUGACCUUUCCCCCUGGGCAGUGACAAGAGAAGAAGUGGAUCGGUUCAGCAAGGAAAACGGCUUUUCAGGAUGGGUGGAGACGUCUGUCAAGGAAAACAAGAAUAUCAAUGAGGCCAUGAGAGUGCUGAUUGAAAAGAUGAUGUCCUCAUCCACGGGUGAUGGAAGUUCCUCCACUGCUGGGAGUGGGGAUUAUAUUAACUUUAAAGAGACCUCCCCACCAGGCUGGGCGUGUUGUUAAGAGCCCCUGACACACCAACUCCUCGGGUCUGGCAGUGAUGGUCCUUUUAUUAUCAUCAUCAGAUCUCCCUGAACUGGCUCUCACUGGUUUUGGGGUGGUUUUUUCACAAGAUCAUGGACUGUUUCCUGUUUAGUGAAUAUUCUUUCUCAGUAGAGCAUUUGCUACAGUGACUUGAGUGAGGAGUGGAAAGGAGAGGAGUGGGAGGAUUCCUCUUUUUUCCCAGUGUGGCUGGAGCUCUGCUGCUCUGAUGAAGCACAGGCUGUGUCCAAGCACAGGGCUUGGAUUAUAUUUGGGUUUUUUUUAAAUUUUUGAGCACUUCACCUUCUGCCAGGUGCUGGCCUGUGCCAGGCUGCUGAAGGUGUAUUUUUAAUACUGUUUGCACCUUUACCCCCCACCUCCUGCACCCACCACACCCCAGAGGCACCAGCCCAGGGCCUUGCAGUGACCUUGGUCCACCCCCAGAGUCCAGGGGGUCUCCCUGUGGAUUCCUGCUCCGUGCUCUGGAAUGACAAGAGUCUCUCCUGGACAGACCCAACACAUCCCAUCAUCACCACUGAGGGUGUGAGGGGAGUGUGGAUCGACGUGGUGCCCGUGGAACCAGAGCUGGGCAGGUUCCAGGGGGAAUUUGGGCAGUGGAGCAGCACAGCCCCCCUCUGGCCUGAGUUCUGACCGUGCUGUUCAACAGCAGAGACCUCGAGCUGAGGUCAGGAAUUGCCUUCUGUCCUCCCUGCUCUCUCCCCCUCUGGCACCAUCCCAUUAUCCUGCUGUGCUGCCCCUUUAUUGGGGGGAGCUGGAUGAGGGGGGGGCUGUAAACCCCUUUGUGUGCCAGAACAAGGGUCCUUUUUCACUUUUUAGCACGCCCUGGAUCCCACCACCCCUUUGGAACAGCCUUGCAAGUGCUGAUGAAUUGCCUUCCCACCAUUAUCCUGCAGCCAGGAGGGAAUUUGGUGGCAGGGCUGGUGCAGGAAACAGCUCCCUGAAAGCCCCCCCACUGCUUUUAGAGAGGGGAAAGAGGAGGAGAAGACUUUGUGGGACAAAAAGGAAGUGAAGAAACCACUCCCCGCUUCUCUCUGGUGCCUCCCUCUUCCCCCCAGGUACUGCCUGUGAGGAAAAACUGGUGCCCAAAAAUUGGUACAAGAUCUCUAUCUCAGGAGAGCGAGCAGGAAACUCAGACUGCAGGGCUGGAGUCAGAAUGGUGUGUGGAUUUGAUAUGUUUUUGAUCUGCCAUGGCUCUGUGAUGGCAGUGUGUGAUGGUACAGAAUUGUCCUGCCCAUGUUUUAAGGUCUGCAUUUCAGCAAAUGGCCUUCAGUGACGUUUUUCCCCUUGAAAACAGGACUAUAAAUUGCUCUGUCCUGAUUCCUGGUGAAUUAGGACUGGUUUUCUUUGGCAAAUUAUUCCUCCUGCCUGUCUUUUCUUACUCUGUAUAAUCUAUGGAGGGAGAAGGUGGUAGAAAAGGAACCAAUUGCCUUCACUAAGCAUAAAAAAAUCCAAGUUUUCCUUCCUUGAAGCUGAAAAUAAUUUAUAAGUGGACAGUAAGUGUUAAGAAAUUUAGAACCAGUGCUCCAAUGUUUUAAUUAAAAGCUGAAAUACCUGGGCUAGGAUUGUGUCAUGGAAAUAUUGCCAAAUUUGGGGUCAGGGGUGCUUAAAUACCCCCUUUCUGUGCUGCUGUUUUCACUGUAGAAACAUGGAGAACUGGUUAGCAACAAAAUGGAAGUGCCUCGCUGAAUUUUACUUCACUGUGUUAAAAAAAAAGUAAAAAAAGGAAAGGAAGUGGGUUUUAAUCCUACAAAUAUUUCUAGUUCUUUGUGGAACAUGAGGAGACGUGCCUUGAGUUUUUAAAGGAUCUGUCACGAAACUGUUGAGAUUCAGGUGUUAUUUAUUGAGUUUUGUACGUGCACCUUAAAGUGUUUUGGCAAAGAGACCAAGUGUGAGAGCCUGAAAGGUGGAGAAACCCCUGCCCAGGACCCACCCACUGCUCAGUUCAGCUCGUGGAAACUGGAAAUUCCCAGUUCCUGUUCCGUCCAGUUACAGAAUCCCAGAAUGGUUGGGGUUGGAAGGGACCUUAAAGCUCAUACCAUGCCCUGCCAUGGGCAGGGACACUUUCCUCUAGCCCAGGUUGCUCCGAGUUUAUCCAACCUGGCCUUGGACAAUUCCAGGGAUGGGGCAGCCACAGCUUCUCUGGGCAACCUGUGCCACCCUCCCAAGGAAUUCCUGGGCAGAAAAGCCUCUUUACACCUUUCAUGUGUCACUUUAAUAACCUCCCAGUGCCUCUUUGGUGCCUGCACCUCCCAGCCUGCACCUUUUCUUUCAGAAGUGCCUCAAGGAAAAAGCCAAAGGAAGGUUUUUUGGUGGUGGGUUUUUUUGUGGUUUUUUUUCUAUUCUACAUCAUUUCUGUUCUGCCCAGUGGUUUCCAGUGCCGGUGGGAGCCUUGGUGGGGUUUAUUUUCCACACUCACUGUUGGUUAACAUCUGCCACAGGAGACAGAUGUUAAAAAGGAAACCCCCCAAGAGCUGCACAGCAGAAAGAGCCGUUGCUGGAGCUCGUGUGAAACCCCAACCAGACAGGAAAACGAUUUCCCUGUGCAGAUGUGUGUGUUUUCAGAGACCUCUCUGGGGCACAAGGGGCUUAAAAAAAAACAGGCAAAACAAAGCCAGCAACCCACCCCUUGAUUUAAUUCUGUAAAACAGCUUCAAAAGCCCCAUCAAAGAUGCUCUUUCUGGGCUGGGCAGCGUGGAAAGGACGUGGGCAAUGGGCGGUGCCAGCUGGAAUAAUUCUUGUUUUUAAAGCAACUGAAAGGGAAAAAAAAACCCAAGAAAUGUUUUAAACGAAGUUAAGUCUUGUUCAUGCAGGUGGAUAAAAGCCUGAACCUUUCAGGUACGAAUCAGAAAAGUCUUGUCUUUGUUCUGCUUCCCUCGUGCCUUUCGCCAGGAAUGAGCUGGUGGGGAAAUGAAGGUGUUUAUUCUCCCUGCUUUGACUUUGUACCCUCUGUGCCCGUUUCCCUCCCAUCCACACGUUGUUCCUCCUUCCUGUAACUUGAAUUUGUGGUCCUGGGACUCAAAACCCUGUGAAGUUGAAAGGGGUAUUUUCUGUGCUGGUGGCUGCGCUCUGUGGGUCCACCCAGCUGGAGGUUUUCACUGCAAUAGGAUUGGAAAGCAGAUUAUAGGACAUAAAUAAGUCAACAAUCUCAAAACUUAGCUUUUUUUUUUAUUUUAAUUGCUUGCUGUUACACAGGAAUUUUUUAGAGACAGGGUCCUGAGGACUGUAAAACUUCAGUAUUAUCGUGUUUAUGUAAAGAGGAAAAACUGCUGGGAGGUUUAAUCCACAUCAGUCAGUAACUAAUGCAGCAUUGCAACAGUUUGCAAUAAAAAAAUUGACAUGA